AUGUCAGCCAAGGCAUUUAGUAGUGUUAAAAGUACACUUCGAUACCAAAGUGAUGCCGUAAAUCAUCUUUAUUUGCAAUAUCAAACUGAUAAAUUUAGUCAAACUAAUUUAUUGACAUCUUUACAAAUACUUUUUAAAACUAAUCAAAUAAAUCGAGGUAAAAUUGUUAUAUCUGGGAUUGGUAAAUCAUUUAAAAUUGCUAAUAAAUUAGUUGCUACAUUAAAUUCUUUAUCUAUUCAUGCAACAGAAUUACAUCCAAGUGAAGCUUUACAUGGUGAUUUAGGUAUAAUAGAUGAAUCUAAAGAUUGUCUUAUAUUAUUAACAGCUAGUGGGAAUACUUCAGAAUUAAUUCAAUUAUUACCUCAUUUAUCUCCUGAUUUACCUAUUAUAUUAUUAACAUGUAAUAGAAAUUCAAAAUUAUCAAAUCAUCCUCAAAUUAAUAGUUUACUUUAUACUGAAUUACCAAAUUAUCUUAAUGAAGAAUCAAUUCAUGGAUUACCGGCUCCAACUGUUUCUACUACUUUAUCAUUAAUUUUGGCUGAUGCAACUAUUUUAGCUCUACUGGAAAUGAUUGAACAAGAUUUAUUAAAACGUAAACGACAAUUUUCAAUGAAACACCCUGGUGGAUCAAUUGGUAGUGCAUUAAGUCAUCUUAAUGAUAAUUUAUCAAGUAAUCCAAGUUCAGUAGGAUUGAAAAAAACCUUUUCUCAAUUUAGUACUUCAAGUUUAUUAAGUCUUCAAGGAGGUAAUGGACAAGGUAAUAAUAAUAUUAAUGGAAUUAAUAGUAUAAAUUCAAAUUCAAGUAGUGCCAUUAGAAAAUCUAUAUCUUCUGAUAUGAAAUCUAAUUUCUCAUCAUUAACUUCAUCUGAUGAUGAAUAUGAUAUUUUAGAAUUACAACAACAAGAUCAAGGUACAUGUAAACCAUGUAUAAAAUCAAGUAAUAAAAGAAAUAUUGAUCAAAAUCUUUGUGAUUCAAUUAAAGCAUCAUCACCAUCAAAGAUUAAAUUAUUAAGAAGUCAAGAGAUAUGGUCACUUGAAUCCAAAGAUGAAUUAAUAUUAUUACAAUGGAUAACUAUAUAUGAUUAUCUUAUAAUUAAUAAUAAGAAUUCAGCUAUUGAAACUUCAAAGGCAAAACAAUUAUAUAAUGAUUAUUAUAAUGAAUUAAUAAUUGAUGAAACUAAUAAGAUUGAUAUUUGGGCUAAAUUCCAUUUGAAUUUAAUGAGUUCAUUUAAGGAUAUUGACUUAUAA